AUAGAACAUCUGGAGAACGUAGAACAUCUGGAGAACGUAAAACAUCUGGAGAACGUAAAACAUCUGGAGAACGUAAAACAUCUGGAGAACGUAAAACAUCUGCAGGACGUAAAACAUCUGCAGGACGUAGAACAUCUGAAGGACGUAGAACAUCUGAAGGACGUAGAACAUCUGAAGGACGUAGAACAUCUGAAGGACGUAGAACAUCUGGAGGCAGGAAGAGAAACUGAAGUGUCUUCAGUUCUUAAGUUCCUCAGAGCAAAAUGGCCGCCAGCUCACCGAAAGACAAGUAUUUUGGCGUCUGGCUGAUCUUCUUCAUGCUCGGUUUGGGGACACUGCUGCCCUGGAACUUCUUCAUGACCGCUACCAUGUACUUCACCAGCCGCCUGAAGGACUCCUCAUUGGUCGACUCUUUAGCCAAUCAGACGGAGGCCUCGGGUGAGCAUCGCAGCCUUCUGGAGGCCAAAUUCAACAAUGUGAUGACGAUGUGCGCAAUGCUUCCGCUGCUGCUCUGCACCUGCCUCAACUCCUUCCUGCACUCACU